GAGCAGAAGUCGCAGCUCAAGGGCCGUUUUGCGGAGUGGUUUUCGAAGGUUCGGGCUGCUGGUGACGUCCGCGCCACGGGCCUCAGCGCGAUUGCUUCGCAGAUGGUGGAGUUCCACAACGAGAUGGCCAAGGGGUCCGACAUCUUCGCGAAGGACAUGUUAGAGCCGCACGCGGCUGGUCUCGCCACCAUGUGCGCCGAUAUGCUCCAGUGCUAUGCCAAGGACUUUGUCGAGGUCUGGCAGAGGACCGUCCUGCUGGAAACGUUCGAGCCGAAGACUGCUGCCGAUUUCAUGGUCGAUGGCGUGGAUUCGUGGACGCAGCUAGUGAACGCAGGCAAUGACAUAUCGAUUCUGGCCAAGUCUUUCCACUGCUUCAACGUCUCGGCCGAGACAGUGGUCGACGCGUUCGCUGGGGUGGUCAAUCUGAUGAAGGUGGUUCAGGAGUAUCUUAUCUUCAAGGUUUCUGAUGACAUAGAUGCAGUCUACGCUCUCAGGUUGCGCAUGGACGCCGACGUCAACAUCAGCUCGUUCUUGCUCGGUCUUAUCCAGGCGGACUUGAGACACGAGUUUCAGAAUUACGUCAAGUGCUUGGGUGAUCCAGUUCAGAACCAGAAGCUGGGAGAGAUGGAGGAGAUCAUCGCGAAUGACUUCGGUCAUGCCCUGGUCCACCUGAAAACGUUCCUGGGAGCCGUCGGCCUUUCGAAGUUUCUCGGCAGUGACUCCGAGACUCUCGUUGAUCCGAAGAACAUCGACACCUAUGCGGAGCUCACGGACGAUGGUAUCACUAGCAUGAUCUCGCCAAUUCUCGAGGUUUCCCAGCGCCUUGUUGAUCCUGUUCUCCUUCGCCAGGCCACGUUUUUCGACAAGCUGGUGAGGCUGGCCCGGGCGCUGGCAAUCGGGAUGAAAUGGGAGGACGCCUCCCGUGGCUCCUACGAUAAGAUGUGCUUGACUUCAGACUCCAAGGAGAUGCUCCAGGCAUGCUCGCGGGCGAUGGACGACCUCAACACCGUCGUUGCCAAUGCCGUCAAAGAUGUCUCCGACAAGGAGAACGUGAGCCAGGCCAUCAAGGAGAUCCGCGAAUCCGAGGGGGACGUGGUCAUCCACCCCGAGUUGCUCGACUGUUAUUCUUACACUGAGCUGGUUUCCAUCUCGAGGAAGUGGUCUCAGAUGUUCGUGGGCAGGGUCGGAGGGGUCUGGACUGUUCUGCUCGACGGCCUCGUCAGCCACCUCGAGGGCCACCUGAUCGAGUGGGAGCCGCACAAGGAUGAGCUUCUCCUGCCAUCCCAGACUGCCCUGUGCGAGAAGAUCUUGAAGAAUGCGGGCUAUCAGCAUAUCGCGCCGAUGUGCAAGCGCAUCGGGGAGAUCUCCAAGUUGGCGCGCGACCUCGACGGCGUCGUGCCCGCUGAGAAGGUGCAGCGCGCCGACAAG